AGUCGUGUGUGAUCAUUGGUCGGUCGAUAGCUUAGCAUGUCCCCAUCAUUUCUUAUAUUUUCGAUGGGAUUGCUUAUUUAAAGAAGAAGUAAGCUAUCAGUGUCGUUAAUGUGUGUUGCAUUUAUAACGAGCUAACUUCUGAUAUUUCUUUCGAGUUCAUACGACAGCUUGACCUUGCGUGGAGUUUUGUGCGAAGCUAAAAGUGUAUCAUCAUUUCCGACUAGUUUUAGUUAAGAGAAAACAGAAUUGUGAUCGUUUUCGUGAUAUUAAAGUGUCGGGUCACGAACAGCUAAAGCUCUAUCUGACAAAGCGAGGCUUAUUUUCGAGAAUUUUAAUUCCCACUUAAAAAAGCGAUUUUCCUUAAAUUGUGUAGAUUGUGAAAAUCUUAGAGCAAAAAUGAAAUUGUGUUCAUUUUUAGCGAUAAUUUUCCUGUCGGCUGAACAGCUCUUGGCCAACGUAAUUUUGUCUGUACCAACUGCAGAUUACUACGAAUAUAGCUAUGAGAUUGGGGAAUCACUCACACCAGAACCGGAACCAGAAUCACUUGACGAGUCAGCAAAAAAAUAUCAUAUUUUCACUGAAAGGGCGACGUGGGCAGAAGCAGUCAGCCAAUGUCAAUCGCAAGGGUACCAGUUAGUCAAUAUUUUGUCACAAGAAGACAACGAUAAUGUCAUAACUGCCAUAAAAGACGCAAACCAAGGCGAAAUUGGUUUCUGGACAUCGGGUAAUCGAAUCAACACUAACGGAACAUAUGUCUGGGGAAAUGGGCAACCAGUCGUGUACACGAAUUGGGAACACGGAAUUCCGGACAAUCUGCAUUAUUUCAACGGUUUCGGUAGAGAGGAGGAGUGCAUUGAAAUAAAGGGAUAUAAUAUUCUGAAAUGGAACGACCACUUGUGCGAUUACCGACUGUACUACAUAUGCGAAGAUAUUUCGGAACAAAAUUUAGUUGUCAUCUAAAGAUAAGAAUUUUUUUUUAUUAUGCCAACCACAACCUCGCAUUAUUAUUAUCAGAACUUAUUAUUGAACAAAUUGAAUACAAGAAAUUUGCAGUAAA